AUAGUUAAGAUUUUAGUCGGGUCCAUCGUGUGAUUGAGAUUAAAUCUUCUUACUUAUUAUAGAUUUAGAUUUAAAUUUAACGGGAUACAAGCCUUAUUCAUUCUGCAGAUAAGAAAAUGGCCUCUGGUGCUGGAAAGAAGGAAACCAUCUUGGUGACUGGAGGGGCUGGCUAUGUAGGCAGCCAUACUGUGAUUACACUGUUGGAGGAUAAUUAUGAUGUUGUCGUUAUAGAUAAUUUUGCUAAUGGGAAUGAAGAGAGUAUACAUCGAAUAGAAUCUCUGACCAAAAAAAAAGUACCUUGUUACAACGUUGAUUUGCUGCGCAAAAAUGAAAUACUUAGCGUAUUUCAUAAACACCCAGAGAUAUCUGUAGUCAUACAUUUUGCUGCUUUGAAAGCCGUGGGAGAAUCAGUGAAACUGCCAUUGCUUUACUAUAGGGUGAAUGUCCUCGGAACAAUCAACUUAGUUGAGGCAAUGGAUGAAAGUGGAGUCACUCGUAUCAUUUUCUCAAGUUCAGCCACUGUGUAUGGUGACCCCAAGUACCUGCCCAUGGAUGAGAAGCACCCUGUGGGGAACUGUACUAGUCCCUAUGCCAAAACCAAACACUUUGUGGAGGAAAUUUUGUUUGACAUUUGCAGGAUUAAGCUAGAAUGGAGUGCUGUAGUGCUUCGCUACUUCAACCCUGUUGGUGCUCAUAGCUCUGGUGUUAUUGGUGAAGAUCCACAAGGUGUACCCAAUAACCUGACGCCCUACGUCUCACAGGUUGCCAUUGGCAAACGCAAUGAGCUGUUGGUCUAUGGCGAUGAUUAUGAUACACCUGAUGGCACAGGUGUCAGAGAUUACCUACACAUAACAGAUCUAGCUAGAGGACACAUUGCGGCCAUGAAUAAAGUGAAACAAACCAGAGGAUUUAAUGCAUACAACCUGGGGACAGGCAAGGGCUCUUCUGUUUUAGAUGUCAUUAAAUCAUUUGAGAAAGUUUCUGGUAGGAAAAUCAACUACAAGAUCGUGGCCAGGAGAGAUGGGGACGUGGCUACCAUGUGUGCUGACCCCCACAAGGCUGAGGUUGAGCUGGGCUGGACAGCAAAGUACAGUCUUGAUGAUAUGUGUCGUGACCUUUGGAACUGGCAAACCAAAAACCCAAAUGGUUUUAAGAAAGUGAAUGGUGUGACAGAACACUGAUGUCCAAUGUUCUAGGGAUCAAAUUUGUUAAGAAAAUUGUUUUAAUGGUUGGUUGUUAACACUUCACUGACUCUCAUAUUUUUGUGUACUCCUUUUUUUAAUUUUUAUUGCAUUUGAUGUUAUGUUUCAUUGCUGCAAAGCAAAAUCAAAGUUUUAUUAGAAAAAACAACAUUCCUAUUUACAGGUGCCACUGUAUUUUUUUCCAAAAUGAUGAACAAUUGCUGUUUUUUUUUUUUAAAUUUGUUCAUGUUUGUUUAUACAAGAUGUUUAAUUGUGUUUUUUAAUUGGUCAUGGAACUACUUUUUUUUGGUGAGAGGGUUGAGAGUUGAUCUGUUUUGUGCAUGUUUUUGUUUAUUAUAGUACUAACACUUCAAAAUUCUGCAUAACAUUUAAAGAAUUCCACCUUGCACUUUGCUAAAAAUAGUCUAUUUUUUGUCAGUUAAAUCCCUACAAAUUUAUUGUUAAAUGUGAUAAAGAUUUUAAUUAAAGAUAUUAUACUUAUUGUUAAUUAUCCUAAUAUACACCAUAUAAAAUACAUUUAUUACUUUAUUAUUGGAUCUUGGACUUAAUUUAAGAAUCACUUCUAUUAAUUGUCUCAUUUUAAUUAUAUUGUUGAUUUUUAAAAAAAAUGUUUUGGGAACAAAAAGAUGUUCCUUGAAUCAUUUUAAGAAUAAAUCAUUAGAAGUUCGUAGUUCAAACAAGUUCCUUAAUGUAUUUUAUAAGGUAUCACAUUGUCUGUGUAUUAUAUAUACCUAAUCAACAUAUAGUUUUAAACAGAAAACAAACAUCUUUAUGUUUUAAUUAAAUAUUAAUUAAUUCUGGUUUCUAAUCGGUUUAUUCUGAUAGUUUGAUGUAAAAAUCACACAAUCUUUUUGCGAAAAUUUUAUAUGCAUUUUAUACAUCAGAUCUCUUAAUUGUAUGUGUUCACAUGUUUUGAAAUAUGCCACACUUGCCCUUUAAACUAGUUUUCUACAUACUGAAUUUUUACAUUACAUGUAUAUUAGCAUUAUGUAUGUUUUGUUAAAAUUAUAAUUUUUUUUAACGAUUUAUCAUCUGGAUGUCACAAUGUUACUGGUGAAUCAAAAUGACUAAAAUUUGUUACCUUAAAAGAAAUUUUUUGAAACAACUAGCUUUGUGUAUGUUACAUUUUUUUAUUGUUUUCGUCACACAGCCAACUCAUGUUUAUAUACUGAGAUUAUAAAAAAAACACAACUAGCUAUGCUACUUAUACUUAUACUUGUAUAUGAUGUUAGUGUUCAGAAAUGUUUUUCUUCUGAAUGGAUGUUAAAUAUAAAAAGAGUGAGAUAUAACUUAGAAUAGUGGUCUCUGACCUGUAGCCAUGACUAACUAGAUACUUUCAUCUUCCUUAGCAGAUAUUUUAAAUGACAUAUUUUAUGUUUCUUUACACUUUUCAGGCUUAACUUAAGCUAAAUAUUUUAAUUUAAGAAGAGUGCAUUUUUCAUUUUUUGCUACUAAUGUGAAAACACAUUGUACAUUUUAUUCUAUAUUGUCUUUUAAAAAUGUAUCAUGUAUACAAAAAUUAGAUUCAGUCAUUUAUUGUUUUGAAUAGUUUAAGCUUUUUUCAUGUUGCUGGGAUGAUUAUUUCUCAAACAUAGUAACACUUUUUCACAUAUCUUCAAUAACUGCAACAAAUACUUAGUCCUUUCUUAAACAUUUUGAUAUUAGAUCUAUAAUUUAUGUACUCUAAUCCUAUAAGAAAAAAUUUGAAUAAUAAGCAACUAAGACAAGAUUUUUUUUUU